GCGAAAUGUGGUUGUCAAGUGAGGAGCUGAGUGCGAAGAAGACGGCUUGCCACGUGAGAAAUGUGGAAUCCAACAAAGAAUUUGCAGAUUCUGAUAUCGUUGCCUCAUUCGUGCACAAUCGGCCAAAAGAUUUGAAAAACCUGACAUUCGAAAGACACGGAAAAGGAGGACGUAAAAAAGCGCCAAUAUUCAGCGUAAAAGGAGAUAUUAGCGAGCAUGUUGUAGAAGUUGGGGCAGAUGUUAAUUGUCUUGAUGAGGGAUUCGAUUUUGCUGUUGCUUUGGUUGAUAAGAGAACUGGAGAAGCAACAUAUCGUCCUGCACGAUUCUAUUCAUUCGAAAGCAAGUUCUCAGAAGACAUUGAGAAGAUUUUCAGUGACAAGAAGGAAUCGUCGUCUGAAGAAUACAAAAACGAUUUUUCAAUUGGAGCAGAGAAAUGGGCUGAGAAACGUCGUCAAUUGACAUCGAAUUUUGGUUCUUCGAAGAAAAUUAAAAUGGAUGAAGCAGCUCAACGAAGAACUAUUAAUCAAGAAACAUUGGACGAAAUGAGAAAGACCGCGUUCGCUUCGAAUUCGAACGUUAAAACUGAGGAUGGUGCUGCUGACGUGAAGUUGGAGAAUAUCACAAUGAUGAAUAAAGCCGAAUCAUCAAUUCUUCCACCUGCUGUUCAAACGGAACUUUCACGAGAUAUCUAUCCAAUUUCCUUGUUCCUUGAAGACAUUGAGAUUGACGCAAUUGAAUCGAUCGCCACUGAACUGAUGGAAAAGAAGAAAAAAGAGAAACUUGAAGCUGGAAUUCCAGAGUGUGUUACUCUUAUUAUGUACAAUGAAAAGACCAAACAACGUGCAGCCGCCUAUCUUUUACUCUCCACCAUGAUCGAGAUCCUCACAAAAAUGGGAAAGCAAAGACAGUUGCUGAGAAAAGAUUUGAGUGAGCUAAAGAUGCCCGAUAUUCUCCGACAGAAAGUUCAGGCCCAGUUUUUCAAUGAUAGUACUAAUGAGAAGGGGUACACUGGACGUGGAGCCGAACGAAUCCGUCUCAAUGUUACCGACUAUGAUCGUUUUAUCGCGCACACACUUGCAUUGGCAUUGACAUUGGCACCCGAGCACAAAGUACCGAUUACUCCAUUUCAACAAGCUCUUAGUUAUCAGCCUAGUAAACUUGAGAAGAUGUUCCAAGCACUAGGUGCAGACCUGAUUCGUCUCGAUGUGGCGUCUGCUCAAACUCUUCGUUCCCUCCGUGCCGCGAUUCUCUUGAAACCUCCGAGUCUGGAACAGAAAGGGCCCAGAAAGAUCAUUCGGCGAUAAAUAUUUUACUUAUUUUUUCUUAAAUCUUUUCGUUUUCCUCAAAUUUGUUUUGUUUUGUUUUCUAAAAUCGUUAAACUUGUUUUGUUAUGAAUUUCCGUUAUAAUCUUU